UAAAAGAUGUAAAAAACUAAAUUGAUGUUUUUGAAAGAUUUCUACCAGAAACAUAACCUUAUUUGGGGAUGGUUUUAAUUUUAGUAUUGGAUUUUUACUAGAAUUUUCUUUCUAUUUUUAAUCCAGGUUUCUAAUUCAAUUAGGUCGCUGAAUAUAAUUCAGAACAAUCAGAACGCAACUCAUAUGGCUAUAAGUAGCACCUCUCAUAAGUUUGAAAUAGUGUGAGAAAAACAAAAUGAUUACAGGUGAUAUUAAGGAUGCUGAAAAGUAUAAAGAGCAAGGUAAUGAAUCCUUUAAAAAUGGCAAUUUUGUUGAAGCUCUAGAAUUUUAUACGAAGGCAAUAAAGCUAGUGAACGAAGAAGGAAAAGAUUCAGCAACUUAUUACAAAAAUAGGGCUGCUACACACCUUAAACUGGAGAAUUAUGAAGAGGUAGUGAAAGAUUGUGACAAAUGCUUGAAAUUAGUUCCUUCAGAUCCUAAAGCUCUAUAUAGACGUUGUCAAGCGCUAGAAAAACUUGAGAGGUUUGAAGAAGCUUAUAGGGAUGCCACACAAAUCUUCAAAGACGAUCCCAAUAAUAAAGCAAUUCAACCAAAUCUUGAAAGGCUAUACAGGAUUGUUCAAGAGAGAGAAAGAAAAAAUGCCCAAACUACCACCAAACUAGAAAGUAUGUCAAAAAUUGCUUUUGAGUUCACUGAAAAUAUUGACAAACGUGAAACUGCCAUGAAAAACUUGCUGGUUCUGGCAAGAGAAGGAGCCGGAUCAACACUGAUGGUGAAAUCAACUGUUAUUCAGCAAAUUAAAAGAUUAUUAAAAGUUGAGAAAAAUGAAGAAAUAAGACUUACAGCUAUAAGAGUUAUUGGAGAACUCUUCAAACAUUCUUCAGAAAAAACGAAAAAGGUACUCCAUGAAUUGGGACUGCCUUGGUUCCUUGAUAUGCUCGAUUCAAAAACAAAAGAGCAAGUUGAUGCUAUUCAAUAUUGUCUUCAAGCAAUUUUGAAUUCCCUAUCUGGAAUGAAAAAUGUAUCUGAUUCCAAACCUGAUAAGGAAUUGAUUAAAACAUAUGAGGAAGAUCUCAAUUUAAUAUUGACGUUUUUUAUUAAUAAUUUAACAAAUAGACUCAUAAGUGGAAUAGCUAGAGAUGCAAUCAUUGAAUUACUAAUAAGAAACGUGCACUACACUGCAUUAGACUGGGCUCUGCAACUUGUAGAACAAGGAGGAGUUGAGCGACUGCUACAGUGUACUAGUGAAUUGGAAGAAUUCAAAUAUGAAAGUUCAAUGAACAUAACACAUUCAACAAGUACUGUAGCAGCAAUGUGUUUACAGCGUAUAUAUGAAAAUAUGUACUACGAUAAAGCAAAAGAAAAGUUUAUGGGCAAAAUAGAAGACUAUGUAAAAGAAAAAUUGCUGAGUCCUGAUAUGGAAUCAAAAGUAAGGGUUGUUGCAACAAUAACUAGUUUAUUAAGGGGCCCUCUUGAUGUUGGAAAUGCCAUUGUCGGAAAAGAAGGAAUUAUGCAGAUGAUUCUAGUUAUGGCAAAUACCGAAGAUGUAUUACAGCAAAAAGUAGCUUGUGAAUGUAUAAUUGCUGCAGCCAGUAGAGCAGAUAAAGCUAAAGCUAUAAUAGCACAAGGUGUUGACAUUUUAAAGAAGCUAUAUACUUCAAAAGAUGAUGGAGUAAGACUAAGAGCACUUGUUGGAUUAUGCAAACUUGGUAGCUCAGCUGGAACAGAUGCUUCAAUGAGACCAUUUGCUGAAGGGUCUAAUAUCAAAUUAGCAGAAGCUUGCAGAAGAUUCAUGCUGAAACCAGGAAAGGAUUUAUCCUUUAGAAAAUGGGCCACUGAAGGUUUGGCAUAUCUAACACUAGAUGCAGAGGUCAAGGAAAAAUUAAUAGAAGAUAAAGCUUGCAUUUGUGCAAUGAUUGAACUUGCAAGAACAGGUGAUGAGUCUUGCUUAUAUGGAGUUAUAACAACUCUGAUGAACCUUUUGAAUGCAUAUGAAGAACAAGAGGUCCUUCCGGAAAUGGUAGAACUUGCAAAGUUUGCUAAACAGCACAUACCAGAAAAACAUGAAUUGGAUGAUCCAGAUUUCAUUACCAAAAGAGUUAUAAUUUUGGGAAAAUUAGGAGUAACUUCAGCACUUGUGGCUCUCUCUAAAACAGAAAGUGAAAACUCCAGGGAGUCAAUCUCUAGGGUAUUCAAUGCACUGUGUAGUGAACAGGAACUAAGAGGCAUUGUAGUUGCUCAAGGAGGGGUUAAGGCUUUGAUAUCUUUAGCUUCAAAAGGUACUGAAAAAGGAAAGGUUCAGGCAUGUCAAGCUUUAGCAAGGAUAGGUAUAACAAUGGAUCCAGAAGUGGCCUUUCCAGGGCAAAGAUGUUUAGAGGUUAUACGCCCUCUUAUCCACCUUCUACAUCCUGAUAGAAAGGGUUUAGAAAAUUUUGAGGGUUUAAUGGCUAUCUGUAACUUAGCACAGGUAAGCGAAAGUGUCCGACAAAAGAUACUGAAAGAAGGGGGCCUAUCAAGAAUUGAUCAUUAUCUCUUUGAAGAUCAUGAGUAUCUAUGUAGGGCAGCAACACAAUGUAUGACAAACAUGGCUAUGUCUCCUGAUGUUGUGAAAAUUUACGAAGGUCCUAACGAUAGAACCAAAAUGAUGGUAUCUUUGGCGAUGGAUGAAGAUUUGGACACUUCUAUGGCAGCCUCUGGGUGUCUGGCUAUAUUGACUGGAAGUAGUAAUAUAAUUUGUACAAAACUUUUUGAAUCACAAAACUGGCUACAUUGUUUGCAAAUAUUGCUAGCAAAUCCCAAACCUAGUAUUCAAUAUAGGGGUCUUUGCAUGGUAUCAAACAUAAUAGAUAGCUCUAAAGAAAAUGCGGAGAAGCUUAUUUCUACCAAUGUUAUGGAAAUUUUGCUGGCUUUGUCUAAAUUACCUGAAGAGACCCAUCCUAAAGUUGCUAAAACAGCUGAGGAGAUUUUGAAGGCUGCAGAAAAACUAGGAAUUAUAAAAAAACCAGAUGAAGAUAUCUAACUUCCGUUUUUUUUUUUAAUAUAUAGAUUUUAUAUCAGUUAUGUUUCAAUUGCGUAUUUUAAUAUUUUUAAUUAUAAUAUUUUAGCUUUCAAUAAAAAUAUGUUUGUAAUAUUUUAUCUGCCAUCAAACUCUUCCUGAAUUCCUUCCUUUUUGUUUGAUGAUAAAGAUUCAUAUGCGUCAAGGCUUGUAUAUUUAAUGCCAGAUGAUAUUUUUUGAUAUAACAAUUCACAUAUAAGAUGUAUCUAUGUAAAAUUUUUAUUAGGUUGAAUAGUACAAUUGUAUAAAAUAGUAAUAAAAAGUUAGAACUACACCCUUAAUACUGUUCUAACUAAAAUCAAGCAAUAGGUUAAUAAGAGCAAAACCAUCAGAAAUCUACCCUUGACACAGUAUACAAAGAAAUAUAAAAUCAAAUAAAAUAAUGAAUCUAUAAAAUAUUUAACUAUUUCUAACAUUGAAAAAAAUAUAUAGGAACCUAAAAAAAUAUAAUUAAUAAAACAUCAAC